AUGUCCCAGUACAUCGGCAAGACUAUCUCAUUGAUCUCCAACAAGGGACUUCGCUAUGUGGGUAUUUUGGACAACAUUAGUGCCGAGGACGCAACUGUGUCGUUGAAGUCGGUGCGUCCAUUUGGCACUGAAGGUAGAAUGGCUGCUCAGGGGCUUGCCCACAUGGAGGUGAUGCCUGGGUCUGAUGUUUACGACUAUGUUGUUUUCCGUGGUACGGAUGUUCGGGACUUGUCGGUUUUGGACGAGCCUAUUGACGAAGUCAAGCCUCAGCCUUGGACUGGUGCCACCUACCCUUCAGUUCCUGCAGCUCCUCAGGCUUCUGCCACUGCUCCAACUGCAACUCCAACUCAAGGCUCUGCUCAAGGACCCACGACUGCCGCUCCAGCUCCAGGUGUUGCUGCUGGAGGUGUGGCUCCAGUUCCAGCUAUCACGUCAAGUGCUCCACAGGCUCAGCAAGCACAGCCCGCAAACGCAGCAAACGCUGCUCAAGAGACAGGUGUGUCAUCAAGUGCUCCUAUAGCUACCAAAUCGCUGAAACUUUCACCAAGUGCAACCACAAAGGAGCCUCAGCCAGCGCCAGAAGGCAGAACGCAGCCCUCAGACUCGGACUCCGCCAACGAGAACGGAGAAUUCGAUUUUGAAAAGGCCAAUGCUCGUUUCGAGAAGAAGACCAUUGCCGAUUCGAAGCCAAAGUACGACAAGAAGUCCUCUUUCUUUGACAGCAUCUCCUCCUCCAACACUGAGAGAGGUCAGAUGAGGUGGAGCGAAGAGAAAACCCUUAACAUGGACACCUUUGGGCAAGAAUCAUCUCGUGGCAGAGGCCACUGGAGAGGUCGUGGCAGAGGUGGAAGAGGCGGAAGAGGCGGUAGAGGUAGAGGUAGAGGCAGAGGCAAGCCUGAGCCAACCCCAGAGUGGGCAUAA